AUGUCAUCAUCAAGCUCGUCCAAGGACAAGUUCUACGAGAAGGUCAUCAACCCCUAUCUUCCGGAGGUGACGAAGCACCCUCAAACCAAGGAAUUCUGUGAUGGGGUGCUUCACAUCUGGGACGUUCAAGGACCGAAGAAGGAGGGGAGCGAGAAGGCCAGGCUUGAGGUGGUGGAGCAGAAAUCUUCAAGUGCCAAGGGAUGGUGGAGCGGACUUAGUGCCAACCACUCCAUGAUCAUGGAUUUUAUUCGUGAGCACAAGUGGGACAACAAGGAGAUUGGAGAAGCCAUCUUCAAGCUUCAUGACCGGGCCGAUCAUCUCCAAGCACAAAUCUAUGACCUGCAGAAUCAAAACUGUGAGUAUGAAUCCAGGUUUAAGAGGAUAAGCCUAGCUACAGAGUACAUGAUUCCAGAGACUCGUUUCUCUUUCUUUGAUGGAGAACCCAUGCCUUGUAAGACGAAGGACAAGCCCACCAAUCCAGCACCAUCAUCACCGAAAAAAGAAACUUGA